AUGCUGAAGAAGGCGUAUCUGCUGGCCUACAAUGGCUCCAUGCUCACUGGCUGGGCUCUUAUUCUUUUUAAGGUUGUCAAUCAUGUGGCGUCUGGGAAAAACAUCUGGGAUGUUUACCCGCUUAUUGCCAGGCUGCUCCUUGUAUUUCAGGGCGGUGCAGUGAUGGAGAUAAUUCAUGCCAUGCUGGGUUUGGUGCGUAGUCCCGUUCCCACCACCUUUAUGCAAGUGUCAUCACGCCUUAUUGUGUUGUUUGGUUCACUAAGGAUUGGCCCAACCGAGUCUCGUCAUAGCCCCUUCUUUACUCAGAUGGUUGUGGCCUGGUCGUUGUCGGAGAUUAUUCGUUAUGCCUUUUAUGCAACGAACCUACUUGACUUUAAACCCAAGAUACUCACGUGGCUUCGAUACACUGCAUUCAUGUUGCUUUACCCCGUUGGCAUCAGCGGGGAAAUUGGCUGCUUUUACAAGGCUCUUCCAUACAUCAAGGCGAACAAGCCGUGGUCAAUGGAACUGCCCAACCGCUACAACUGGACCUUUUCGUGGUACAAUACCGUGUGGCUUAUCCUCCUUGGCCUCUACCCAUAUGGCAGUUAUGUCAUGUACACAUACAUGCUGCAGCAGCGGCGGAAGGUAUUGGGCUUCACCACCCGCACGGCGCCGCCAGCAUCAGGAGCUACGACGGCAACAAAAAGCUCGAAGAAGCAAUAA